AUGACCCUCACCCGUUCGCAGACUGGGAAGACCCCCAAGAAAAUCCAGCGUGAGGGUUAUGUCGAGACUCCUGGCCGCCGUGUCACAAGGAGCCGUUCGUCCAUGACUCCUGACGAAACCUCGGACACCCCCGACUCUGCGUCUUCGAGUCAGAUCCUGGAGAACCCAGCGAUGUCCAAGGCGCCUAGGACCCGAAGACGUGUCAGCGAGAAGAAGAAGCAGAAUGGCGACACCUCUGUCGACAGCCAUGCCAAUGGCAAUAGCGUCGCAACUGCGACAGCUGCUCCCAAAAGUUACAAAAUCGAUGACUCGGGCCACUUCGAGUUCGGGGGCUCCCUUGGCUGUCUGAUUAUGAUGAUUGGCUUUCCGCUGCUGAUGUACUAUAUGUGGAUUGGCGCGACGUACUAUGAUGGGCAGCUGCCAUUGCCCGAGGAAGGGCAAAGUGCGAAGGAUUUCUCAAUCCACUUGUUUAAUCUGACGCGGGAGGGUGCGUUCCCCACGGUCAAAGCGUGGAUUACAUACUGGUCAUUCUUCAUCUUUGAGGGGCUUUGCUAUGUAUUUCUGCCUGGUAUCUACGUUAAGGGCCGUAAGCUGGAGCAUCUUGGUGGUAAGCAGUUAUCCUACUAUUGCUCUGCAUAUGCCUCAUUUUACGCUACAAUUGUCGUUGCUCUUGCCUUUCAUGUUAGCGGUGUGUACAAGUUAUAUACUAUCAUUGAUGAAUUCGGACCCUUGAUGAGUGUCGCCAUCUUGACCGGCUUCAUCAUCUCGAUCAUCGCUUACGUCUCUGCGCGGAUGCGUGGUGCUGAGCAUCGCAUGAGCUGCUACCCCAUCUAUGACUUCUUCAUGGGCGCUGAGCUCAAUCCUAGAUUGUUCGGGAUCCUGGAUUUCAAGAUGUUUUUCGAGGUCCGGCUGCCCUGGUAUAUUCUCUUCCUGGUCUCUUUGGGCGCUGCGGCAAGGCAGUGGGAGACUUAUGGUUAUGUCUCUGGUGAGGUUGCGUUUUUGCUGAUGGCGCAUUAUCUGUAUGCCAAUGCAUGCUCGAAGGGCGAAGAGUGCAUCAUUGCCACAUGGGAUAUGUAUUACGAAAAAUGGGGUUUCAUGCUUAUCUUCUGGAACCUUGCGGGCGUUCCUCUGAGUUACUGCCAUUGCACCAUCUAUCUUGCCAACAACCAUCCGGAUACCUACAGAUGGAACCGAUACGCACUUGCAGCGCUGUAUAUCGUUUACCUGUUCGUCUACUGGAUAUGGGAUACCACAAAUAGCCAGAAGAAUCGAUUCCGUCAACAGCGAGAGGGAUGCAUGAUCCUGCGAAACACCUUCCCCCAACUCCCCUGGCAAACCCUCAAAAAUCCCCGCACCAUCACGUCCAAAGAGGGCUACACGAUAUUGGUUGAUGGAUGGUAUGGCUAUGCACGAAAGAUCCACUAUACGUGUGAUAUGUUCUUCGCCCUGGCCUGGGGUUUGGUGACCGGCUUUAACAGCCCGUUCCCUUGGUUCUAUCCCGUCUUCUUCGCUUGCAUGAUCUUCCAUCGCUCACUCAGAGAUAUUCAGCGCUGCAGGGCGAAGUAUGGAGAGGCCUGGACGCAGUAUGAGAAGGAGGUGCCUUAUUUGUUUAUUCCUUAUGUUAUAUAA